AUGGCUGAACGUAAUCUGGAGCUGCAGACUACUCUAGUGCGUUACAACAAUCCGGUUCUUGUGGUGAAACAUACUGAAAAAAAGGAAACUCCACCCGAUGUGUCGAAGGAGCAAACUGGUCGUCCAGGAUCCGGCGGAGUUGUGGUGGUCGAAAGUCCACGUGAAACUGAAGAAAUCUUAAACUGCAUUCUUCCUCCAAAAACUUGGGAAGAAGAUGGUCAAUUAUGGACACAAACGGUUUCGAGUACACCUGCCACGCGGCAGGAUGUUAUUAAUCUUCAAGAAAUGCUAGACACCAGACUCCAGCAAACGCAAGCCCGUGAAACAGGAAUUUGUCCCGUCCGAAGGGAAUUAUACACGCAGUGCUUCGAUGAAAUAAUUAGACAAGUUACGAUUAAUUGUACAGAACGAGGAUUAUUAUUACUAAGAGUACGGGAUGAGAUAGCCAUGUCAAUGGAAGCAUAUGAGACCCUUUAUUGCAGUUCAGUUUCGUUCGGCAUUCGGAAGGCCCUGCAAGCCCAGGAAGGUAAAGAAAUUUUGCAGGAAAAAAUCACAAUGUUAGAAAAAGAGAAAGAAACGUUGGAGAAUUCGAUCAGUGAUAUGAAGAUAAAGGGAGAUCAGGCAGAGAGGAGAAAUGCGGAAUUAAGAGCUUCUGAAGAGAAAAAACAUGCGGAAGAGAUUGCUUUCCUGAAGAAAACAAAUUCACAGUUAAAGGCUCAACUGGAAGGUAUCAUCGCACCAAAGAAAUGA